GGAACAAGUUUAGGCCAUGGGAAGGAUAAGAACUCUGGUUGGUCCCUUAGCCGAUCAUUGCUGCCGGGAGGAAAAGGGAAGGAAAAGAUGAGAUCUUUAACCUUAGCAUCAACUUUUUCUCUUGCCCCACUAAAUUAAUUUUCUUUGGAUCCUGAGGAUGAGCCCGAAGCUUGUGAGAAAAAUUUGAUCUUUUCUCGAAAGUCUGUGCGGAGACCAUCUUGUUGUUCCAAUUGAAGAGGAACUUCUGCUGAGAAAAAGCUGUGAAGGCAUCAGGGAGUGGAGCGGGGGAAAUGGGUACUCUGUUCCUUCUAUGUUCCCUUUGGUGAUUUCGUUGGGGGGGAUUGGGAGACUCCUCCUCGAGGAAGAGCUGGAUUUAGACUUUUUUGCUUGAUGAGCUUUUGCCUUUACUGGUUUUAUUGUGAUAGAGAUUACAUCUUGGUUUGAAUCUUUUUUUUUUUUUUUUUUUGCUUCAGUGGGUUGAUUCCCUGUUGGAAAGUACCAAAAAGAUUGGAUUUUGAUGCAAUUUGGAGAUUUCCCUAGGAAGAAGAAGAUCUAGAUUUCUAUCUUUGUUUUUUAUCAGUGUUCCAAGUCAGAAAAAAUGAUCUUUUUUUUUGGAAAGAAAUAUUGACUCUUGGUUGGAAAUUCUCUGCAUCAGCAUAUGUUCUCGCUGGAAAGCUUCAAGUGGCGUUACGUGGUUUUUAACUUUUCAGUGCUAUUAGAUUGGGUCUAAUAGGCUGCGAGGAGAAUUUAAUCUUCUUCUUUGGGUAAUCUAAGGAGCGAGCCGUAGAUUUCAGCACUCUAGUUAUAGUCCCAAUCUGGCUCUGGAGUCUAACUGAAAAAGUUUCAUGAGCUUUUGAAAUCAUGCCUCUCUCCCAAUACCAUCAGUAUGCAACAAAGGAUAAGCCGGAAGCGACACAAUCAAGAGCGAACAAUUGCUCGGCUGAUCUAUUCACCAUGCCUGAUCACGAAUUUGCUGAGCUACUGUGGGAGAAUGGCCAGAUUGUGAUGCAGAGCCACUCCAGUAGGCCUAAGAAGAGCUCCUUACCCACCACCUUUUCUUCCCAGGCUGCUGGAGUUCGUGAGAAGGAUGGAAGGGAUGCCGGCAAUCCGAGGGCUUCACGGUUUGACGCAAUGGAACCAAUGGUUAAUGACUUCUCGCCUUCGGGACCUUCUGCUGAUAUUGGUAUCGAUGCUCAAGAUGAUGAUAUGGUCCCAUGGAUCAGUUUUCCCAUUGAGGAACCACUCCCAAAGGAUGCGCUCCAGAAUGAUUACUGCUCGGAGUUCUUGAAUGAAUUCCCAGGGGCCAAUCUGAAUUCUCCUUCUGCUUAUAACAAGCGCACAGCUGCCGAUGGAAGCAGCGGCUUAGGCCAAGAUAUCAGGAAUUCACACAGUGCGGAACAUGAGCAUGCUUUGAAAGCAUUUGCAGAGAGUUCGGAGCCUAGUAGGGUUAGGACUAGCCAAUUGUUUCAAUUCUCACAGCAUUGCCAGAGUUCAGCUCCAAGUUCCAAAUCAAGAGCUACAGACACUGGGAUCGGUGAUAGCACUAGAACUCAUUUGCAGAACCAAAAUCCUUCAAGUGCCAAGCCACCGCAGCUGAAUGGCGGCAUGCUGAAUUUCUCCCAUUUCUCAAGACCCGCUAUGCUUGCUAAGGCCAAUCUCCAUGGUGUUGAUGGAAAGAGAACCAAUGAGAAGGCGUCUGCUCCCUUGAAUAUUAAUACUGUGGAGUCAACGUUGAUCGAGUCUGCUUGUGUUUUCGAGAGUGCUACAGGGGUUCAAGGCCAAUCAGUUUCAGUUCCUCCCGGGAUGGAGUUGCGGUCACCUGUCAAGCUUCCCCAAGAGGUGAUUCCUGUCGAGCAUUCAGAGGCUAUUUGUCAACAAGAUGCUUCAAGGAAGAAUGAUUCAAAUAUCCUUCAUAACAAUUGUAGUAAACCUGCCGAUCAACCUGCUAGCUCAAGUGUCGCGGCAAGUGCGGCCUUAAGGCGGCACAAAACUGAAAAGGCUCCUGAAGUAGCUGUUGCAUCCUCUUCUGUGUGUUCAGCUAAUAGUGCAGGAGCAGCAUCUAACGAUCCUAAGCAGGGAGAUAAGAGGAAAAGUCGUGAAGGAGAAGAAUCAGGAUACCAGAGUGAAGAUUUUGAAGAUGUGUCGGUGGACUUAAGAAAACCCGCAACCGGACGAGGGAUGGGUGCAAAGAGAAGUCGCGCUGCAGAAGUACAUAAUUUAUCAGAAAGAAGGCGAAGGGAUAGGAUCAAUGAGAAAAUGCGUGCACUACAAGAGCUUAUACCCAAUUGUAAUAAGGCGGACAAAGCUUCAAUGCUUGAAGAGGCCAUUGAGUAUCUUAAAACACUUCAGAUGCAAGUUCAGAUCUUGUCCAUGAGUAGCGGAUUAUGCAUGCCUCCAAUGUUGCUGCCUCAUGGUAUGCAACAUAUGCAUGCACCAGCCAUGGUUCGUUACUCGCCAAUGGGUGUAGGGAUGGGAAUGGGUAUCGGAUUUGGCUAUGGAAUGGGAAUGUAUGACAUAAAUGGCUCCCCCAGUUGCCCGAUGAUCCCUAUGCCACCAGUGCAUGGACCGCAGUUCCCUUGCUCCUCAAUUCCAGUGUCGCUGGGCUUGCAUGGCAUGCCUGGAUCUGUCAACCAUCAGAUGUUUGGAGUCCCAGUUCAGGGUGGCCCUUUGUCGAUUCCUCGGCCAUCUCCAUUUGGUUCUUUAUCAGGGCCUUCUUUUACAGCAAACUCAGUGCCUGAGAUUACAGUCCCAACAACUUGUCCAAUUUCGGCUUCAGACACAGCGCCUACUGCAAUUUCUGCAGAUCAGCAGCAACAAAACAUAGAAGCAUUACAUGGAUCAGGCAUCAAUGACUCACAGAUUCAGACUCCUGAUCAGGCAGUGAAGAAACCAUUUUAACGGACUGCUUUUGGUGAAAAUGAGUAAUAAAACACAGCAUGCCAGGGAAAAUGGACAUCUCCACCAUAUCUCUGAAAAUGGGAUUGCACAAAAAGCUACAGUGGACAAAAGCUUAUGGACACUGCCUGAUUGAGAUGGGCAUUGCUUGCAAAAUUUCUAUGAAAGAUGCAACCCAACUGAAGUCUUCCACCAUGUGGAAAUUCACUUUUUGAUACAAGACAUUUCAUGGUACCUAGAAGUAACCUUUCGGUUUUCAGUAGCAGGGUGGGCAUAACGUGCAGAGUUUUGUAAAUUGAGAUUUGCGGGAUCCAUGCAGUGACCACGUGUCAGGGAGGAUGAGCUUUCAGAGUGUACUAUAGAAAGAGUUGUUUCCACCUCUGUAAGCAUUUCUGACUUGAUGUAACAACCUAUAAUCUUUCAAUAAAGUAAUUUUGCUUAGAGCUUUCGGUGCUUGAUGUAAA